AUGAAUUCAUCUUCUUCGUACCUCAGCUCAACUGACAAUCUGGAAAAAGAUCAUGAGCAGUACAACAAUGUGCUCAUGCCCAGCAUCUUUGGUGUUAUUUGUUUCUUUGGGAUCACUGGGAACUGCAUUCUCAUUUACACCAUUGUGAAGAAGACCAAGUUCUGCUCUCAUCCAUCAGUGCCAGACAUAUUUAUCUUCAGCUUGUCCAUCGCAGACCUCCUCUUUCUCCUUGGCAUGCCUUUUCUCAUUCACCAGCUCGUGGGCAAUGGCUCCUGGUGCUUUGGUGGCACCAUGUGCACUGUCAUCACAGCGCUUGAUUCCAACAGCCAGAUCGUCAGCACGUACAUUCUGACUGUCAUGACUCUGGACCGCUACUUGGCAACAGUCCACCCCAUCCGCUUCAAACACGUUCGAACCCCCUUUGUGGCAGGGGCGGCAGUGGCGCUGGUGUGGGUGUUUUCUCUGGUCUCCAUUACUCCGGUCUGGAUGUACACUGGACUCAUGGGUCUCAAGGAUGGCUCGGUCGGCUGCGCCCUCCUGCUCCCAAACCCGGCCACAGAUACAUACUGGUUCACCCUGUACCAGUUCUUCUUGGGCUUUGCUCUCCCUUUAGUGGUCAUCUGCAGUGUCUUCUUCAAGAUUCUUCAAAAUAUGUCAGCCACAGUUGCUCCACUACCCCAGCGCAGCCUCAGGGUGCGUACAAGAAAGGUGACCCGCAUGGCAGUGGCCAUUUGCCUGGCCUUCUUCUUAUGCUGGGCCCCUUAUUAUAUCCUCCAGCUGGCCCACCUCGGAGUACAGCGGCCCAGCUUUGCUUUCCUGUAUGUCUACAACAUCGCCAUCAGCCUGGGCUAUGCCAACAGCUGCAUCAACCCUUUCAUCUACAUUGUGUUGAGCGAAACAUUCAAGAGGCAGUUCAUUGUAGCUAUUCGGCCACCCCACAAAGGCUUCAGAGUUGCCCCUGCUCAGGCUGAAGGCUUGAGUUUGCGGGUUGCGCCAGAGAGCUCUCAUCCAUCCCGCUCGCAGUCGUCGCGGGAACUGCUUCAAAACAUGCUGCCCGUCACCGUGGCCGUGCACUGAGAUCGACAGCUAUCUG